AUGGCCUCAGGAUUGGGAAGAACAUUUAAGGAGUCAGUGGCAAAAAUAUCAGGAGGUGUCCCGAAGAACAAGGGACAUUAUGAAUGCCUAUUGUUCUGCAAUUGCAUUGGUACUGAGAUCAGGGGGAAGUUAGGUGCUCACGAACCUAAAGUAGUUAUGAAUGAAGUGUACAAUAAGCUGGAAAAAUUCACAUCUCAGGGUAAUUGCACUAACUUAUAUCCUGAUAUUAGCUGGGAUAUUUUUGAACGAGGAAAAAAAAUAUUCGACUGCAACUAUGACUAUGCCACAUUGCAAGGGAAAAAGGAAAAUACAUAUACCCGUUGUCUAAGGUAUAAAGAAAACUUAGACGAUGCUAAGGAAGCAUAUAGGAAAGUGAAGGAAAUAUGUACGGAUGGUGGUACUGAUAAAUAUUGUAGGGAAUUUUUAAAGAAAAAUGGGGACCAGAAAUAUAAGCAACCACAAGAAUUAACAUGCCCAGAGGAGGAGAAGACACUAUCUGACAGUGAUUCAGAAGAACAAUCUGACUAUGAUGGAACAGGGACGGAAGGAAUAUUAGGGAGUAAGCAGUUGGAAAAAGUGAAAUCAGAAUUAAAGGAGUAUCAGGAAUUAGAAAGGGGUUCAAAGGAUUGUGAUAAUGGUAGUAAGGUCAGAGAAUUAGGGGGAAUAUUAACAUCAUAUACUCUUGUUCAGAAUGGUGCUCAGGAAAUUGUGGAUGCUUGGUGUUAUGCACAUAAGAAAUGGGCCGUCAGUUUACCCAAGGAUGAUCUUUGUUAUGCAUUAUAUUUCUGGAUAGGACAUACAAUAUUGGAAAAUCGGAAGUAUGCUGAUGAUUUAUGGGGCAUUAUGAAGGCCAUUUAUCCAAAAUUAACAACAUGGAAACCUAUAAAGGGGUGCGAUAGCGUGGGCACGAAAAUUGACGAGGACACUUUCAAUGAGAGGAAACAAGUGUUUGAAUACAUUCAGCAGUGCAAAAUUAUGAAAAAACAAUUAGAGCAGAGCAGAAGGAGCGCUUCGUCUAACAACAAAGCAAAGUGCGAACAGAGUUAUUAUACUCACUUAGAAGAUGUGAUAAAAAAACUUACAGCUGAGGAAACUAAAUGUAAACAGGAACAGGGUGGUAGUGCUAAUGAUCCAUAUUGUAAGAGAUUCUUAGCAAUGUGUCAACAAUGCGAUCCUAAGGACCUGUCCAAAUUAAAAUGUGAAAAAGUAGAACCAAAAACCGAAGAGUCUACAACAUCCAACUAUCAGGCACCCUCCACUGAGGACACAAUCACCUCCCCCUCUGAAGGUAGCAACAAUACUACCACCACCAUUGCAGUUCCUUCUGCAUUAGCUGCAGUAGGUUUACCAACAAUUGCUGCAUUCCUUCUUUACAAGUAUAACAUCCUACCUUCUUGGUUCCAUAAUACUUUUGGUAACUCUACUGGAAGGAGCAGAAAUAGCAAUAAAAGGAGGAACAGAAGAUCAACCAACUCUAACUUUAGUGCAUUGACCGACGACGACACAUUAACAACAAUAAAUUCGUCCGAAUAUUCAAUCCCAUAUACCUCAUCAUCCACCUAG